AUGGCUAAACCGAAAAACAAUGACGAAAGACCUACGACAUCGAAAGCAGCGGCAGCGGCCAGUGAAAUUGCCAAGAGACAUCUCAUAGUGGCACUCACUGACCGUAGCGACCAGCUCGGGCGAAUGUCACAGGAACGGUGGAAGGUAGUGGAAAUGAAGCUACUGGAAACCUUGUUUACAAAAAUGGACGCAGAGCCGGACGCACCCAUGCCAGCAUUCGACGGAGCAGGGUGGUUCAGCGGCGUCAAAAUCAUAAAAUGCAAGGAUGACCCCACGCUCACAUGGCUAAAGGAAGCGGUAAAAACGCUUCACGGCCUGUGGGAGGGGGCAUCACUGGAAAUUGUUGAUCGCAGCUGCAUUCCCUCAAUACCGAAGGCAAAGGUUUUCAUUCCGCGAGUGGUAAAACCGGAAUAUGCGCUGCGACUACUACAACGACAAAACACGGACGUGCCGACAGACGAUUGGAAAGUGUUGAGUGUGGCAAAACCAGCAACCGCUGAUGGAGACCAGGACUAUAUCAUCCAAAUCAACAAGCCGGCAGAGGACCUGCUUUACGCGCGAUUCGGGAGGAUGGCUUGGGGAGUUGGUAGCGUGCACCUUCGCCUCAAAAAGCGCAACCCGACAGAUGACAACCACAACAUGCUCGCUGCGGGGGAGGUGGAAAAGGAUCUCGGUAUAGAAGAGAUCAUGGAAGCCUCCCUCAACAUACAGGAAGUGGAGAAGGGUGACUUGGAGGUAGUAUCCAACCCCGAGAAGGUACUGAAGCCAGAUGCUGAAAGUCCUUCAGAUAAACCUCCACAAAAGUAA